CCUUUACCGUACUUUUACCAAAUUUACAAUCGCCAAUGGCAGGAAGUAAAAAUUUCCAAGAAUGUGAUGGUGAAAUGAAACAAGCAAUAUUUCUUUCAACAAUGAAUUUACUACAGGUAUGAGUGCCACUUUAGGUGGUGAAAAGGGAGGAUGGAAGGAAGAGAGACUGUUGGGGUCUGGAGGUUUUGGAGCUGUACAUCUGUGGAAGGAUAAGAAUGGAGAAUAUAUAGCACUGAAAAGAUGUAGGGUCCAGAAUGAGAUGACAGCUCGUCACCGACAAAGAUGGGCCCUGGAAGUAAAUAUCAUGAAAAAGUUGGUCCAUCCAAAUGUGAUAGGUGCUAGAGAUGUACCCCCUGAGUUAGAUGUUGGUCCAGAAGAUCUUCCGUUACUGGCCAUGGAGUACUGCUCUGGUGGAGAUUUGAGAAAGAUUUUAAAUAAGCCAGAGAGUUGUUGUGGCCUUAAAGAGUAUGAAGUGAGGUGUUUAGUAAAGGAUAUCGCCUCAGCAGUGGAAUAUUUACAUAGUAAACGUAUCAUACACAGAGAUCUGAAACCAGAAAAUAUUGUUCUACAACCUUCAGAAGAUAGGAUAAUAUACAAACUGAUAGAUUUAGGAUAUGCCAAAGAACUGGACCAGGGUAGUGUCUGUACCUCAUUUGUGGGCACAUUGCAAUAUUUAGCUCCAGAAUUAUUUGCUAGUCAGAAGUACACAUGUACAGUGGAUUACUGGUCAUUUGGUACCGUUGUGUUUGAAUGUAUAACUGGUGUUCGACCAUUUUUGCCACAAUCACCACCUGUUCAAUGGCAUAGAGAAGUGUGUAAGAAAUCUCCAGAUGACAUUUGUGCUUACCAUGACUCUAAUGGAGAAGUCAGAUUUUCUAAAACAUUGUUCCAACCAAAUUAUCUUUGUAGAACAUUGCAAGCCUAUUUUGAGAAGUGGCUACGUAUGAUUUUGCGAUGGGACCCUAAAUCUAGAGGACAUGGCUUGGUGGACAACAGACCUAAGUGUUUUACAUUCCUAGAUACUAUUCUGAAUAUGAAGAUGAUACAUAUACUCAAUGUAGCCACUAAUUCAGAACUGCAAGUGUUAUCAUACCCUAUCACAGAACAGACUUUAAUGAUUGAAAUUCAGCAAAUGAUAGAAAAAGAGACCAGAAUACCCAUUGUUGAACAAGAUAUCCUACUUGCUAGUGGUGCUAGUCCUGAUCCAAAUAAAAUAGCUACGCAAUGUUGGAAUAGUCCCGGUGAUGAAGAUUGGGUUGUAUUUUUGUUUAAGAAAGGGGAGGUAAUAGAACCUGUAUCUAAGAGACUUUAUAAACCAUUUUCACCUCGUGUUCAGGAUAUCGUAAAGGAGCCAACAAUUAUACUGACAUACCAGGAAAUGAAGAAAGCCUGGGGUGAAGCAGUGUAUUAUUGUUCCCAACAAUUGUUAGAUUAUAAAAGAUUAAUAUUAAGUCAAAGAGCUAGUAUGUUAAGUUUACUGAGGACAAAUUCAGAAUUUGUUAAGUUGAAAAAUAUAAUGAUAAAUGAAUGGGAGCAGUUAUUAUCAAAGAAAAAUUAUUUCAAAGAAAGUUUAGCGUUUGAUAUAGAUCAUUAUAAGUAUUAUGUGAGUAAUGGUGGCCACCAGUCAAGUGAUAUGUUCCAAUCAUGGCUUCAGUCUGGUGAAGAUAUUGAUAAUAUUCUGUCUCUAAAGGAAAAAGUGGACAGAUUAGACCAGCAAGCUGCAGCCUUACAAACUAAAAUAAUGGAGUUAAAUAAAAGUCCUUUCUCUAAAAUAACUAAAAAUGAAAAGCUGGAAGAAUGUGAAAGAAAAUCAAGAGAAUUAUAUCAAGAAUUAAGACAAGCUGGAAAAGUAGCAAAAGAGAAUGUAAAAGACCACAAACAAAUGGUACAGGUUGUAGUUAAGUGUGUGAUUACAAGGGAUAGCAGUCUACAUGAUCUUUUUACACAUCUAUCAAAAAUCUGUUCCUGUAAGUGUGAACUGUCGCAGUUAGAACCAGAGAUUAAACAACAAAAUAGAGAACUGGCUGAGGUUAACCAAAACUUAUUAAGUAUACAAAAACAACGACAAGAUAACAUAUGGAAAUUACUUAAUUUCACUUUAAAGAAUAGUGUGAUAGCUCGACAAGAUUCAAAAUCCAGUAGCUCUUCUAAUGAACAGGCCAGUAUGCUUAUGUCUAUCUGUGGUGAAUCUUCAAUAGAAACCAGCAAAGUUGUUGCCAGCUCCAAAGAUUUGAAUAAAAAACUAGGUGAUAUUGUGGAUCAUGUUAUAUUAGAGCAAGAAGAACUAUUUUCUAUGGACUGGAACUUUUUAUCUCCCAAACAGGAGAAUUCUUGACAGGGAAGUGAACAAGUAGUCAUAUUUGCUGAACAAUCAUUACAAUGAUAAUCAUGUCAUACUAAACUAUGAUUCAGUUAUGUUGUAUAACUAAGUGAAAUUCGAUGUGUCUAUGAAGCCAUAAAAAAAUAAUAGUUAGGUUUGUUUGCCCUAUUAAACCCUACCUACCUAGAAAUAGCUGCCUACUCAAAGCCGUUUUGUGUCCUGAGGGGUAAAAGUUUUUUUUUGAUCAGAUAUGCAUAAAAAGUUAAAUAACAUCUGGCACAUCAAUUUCUUUUUGCUGAAAAAAAAGAAAAUGCCUUCCUACCUACCCAAUGACUUUACCCAUGGGUAGUGUUUGGGCAAACCAAUUGUUUUUGGCCUGGGAUCACACUUGAAAGCUUUGAGUGUUCAAUGUCUGAAAAAAAAUUGAUUGCAAAAGUUCUUUGAUGUCUUCAGAGUUAUUUUGUUGGUGCUCAACAUCACAUUCAUUACAAAAAAAAAAGAUUAUGACAUCAGACUAAUUUGAUGAUAAGCAAGUAAAAUGCAUUUUUACUUUAUAUUCUUUCACCAAUUGUCAUAUUAUGCUUACACCUUAUUCAUGGGACCAUUUAGAUGUCAUGUGCAAUAACAUUCUGCAGGAAAAAUAAUUAUCAACACCAGUACCAAAACCUCAGUCAAUUUUAUAUAAACCAUUGAUCUUAUGAUGUGUUUUUAUUAUUAUUAUUAUCAAUUCUUGUAAAUAAUUUAAUUUAAGUAAAUAUAAAUGGACUAACUAACACUUUAUUAUGUAAAUUUUAUCAGAUC